UAAAAGCGAAGGUGCCAUAGACGUCCUGCAGGGAUUGGCGUCAUCACAUGGACGUGAGGAAAACCCGAGAGACAUGGACCACACGCCUCAUGCAGCAUAUUUAGUUUACUUGCUGUGUAAUGCGCAAACGUUUCUGGAACAUCCUGAUGCGGAAAGAAGCAACGAACUGGUUGCGAUCCGGUUUACCGCCUUCACCCACCUGAACCUCAUCUGGCGGGCAGCCCAAAAAGCGCUUCAAAGACUCAUCCUUGACUGAUAAAUGCGUCAUACAUCAAUAAAUGUACUCACCAAGUCGGCGCUUACCAUCAAUACUUCCCAAAUUCAGCUGCGUAAAAAAUACAUGGUUGCUGGUUUCCAUACAUGCGAGGCGCAACUCGGAAGAACAAGCAGACGAAAAUUCGGAAAUCAAUCCAGAAAGGGCCGACAAGGUUUCUCGCCGAUCACUCACAACUGCCCAAUCUCGAUAUUAAGCGCUUGCAGGAGGUCGAAGAACUGUGCAGCUGCGAGAGCAGUGGCGCAGGCAUUGGCAGUUGAGGUAACAGAGGAAGAGGUAUCACUAGGAGCAGAGACAAGAUCACGGAUACGAGGUAGAACAGCGGUACGUUCCCGCUUGGUUGAUAGAAAGGAGAACACUACGGAUGGUGGUCUGCAUUGGAUGAAAUCUGCUGUCAUUCGACAAGGAAAUGAGGGCAUCGUGCCAAGCAUUGCAAAACAACAAUCAGGAUAGGAGCACCCGGCUCGAAGACCCGACAAAGGAAAGAAAAAUGAAAUGCACGAAGCAACAUGGCAGACAAAGAACCCUACAAUAUCAAUCACUUACGACAGUCUGCUGCCCUUUCGACUUUUGAUAUCACUGAUAUUGCUUUUGCACCCCACAAUGAACCAUUUCAAAG